UAAUAACCCCAAAGAAAUCGUAAAUUGUAGUUUGUUGUCCAUUGUCCACAUUCAACAAAUCACUCACCACCCCAAAUUCAACUACGGCUUCAUAAUUAAACAACGCUUCUCAAACCACAACCACAAUCCCCCACUUUUUGCAAUCUCCUCUUCACUCACCCUAUCUAUCUAUUUAAUCCCAUCUCCCUCAAUCUAUCUCCCCUCAAAUUCACACAAUCCUGGAAAUAAACUUUGAAAUUAUCAUCACCCAGAAAAUACCCAUUUCAAAAUUCGGUUUAUUUUUUGACUUGAUGUGGGAAAACUGGGGUUGAUUACCCAGGACAGAGAAAUUGAUUGCAAACACGGCUAUACAAGGAGAAACUCGCCCACUGCACGCUCGUGAUGUGCGACGCAAGAAGGGUGGUAAUAGCGUUCUGAUUGAUCGAGGCAGCCCUUCGUUGCACGGCGGACGCGGCGCCUUGCCUUCCGAAGGCGGCAGCCCUUCCGAUCUUCUCUUUCUUGCGGGUGGAGGUUGUUAUUGAAUUGUAUUGCACGAGUAGUUGUAGUUUAUAUACAAAUUACUAGUAGGUCAUUGAUAUCUGUAUAGAAGAAAGUUUUUUUGAGAAUAUUUCUGGGGAAGAAACAUGUUGAGGAUUAAGAGGGUUCCGACGAUUGUUUCGAAUUAUCAGAAGGAGGAAGGAGAUGGGUCUGUGAGGAUUGUUGGUGGGUGUGGCCGGAAUUGCCUCAAAGCGUGUUGCGUACAAGGUGCAAAAUUGCCUUUGUAUGCUUACAAGAAAGUCAAUAAGAUUGGAACUGAGAAGGAUUUGGUUGUUGAUGAGGCUAGAGAGUCUCCUGUUGCAUUCCUGGACUCACUCCUGCUCGGAGAGUGGGAGGAACGCAUGGAAAGGGGCCUAUUCCGCUAUGAUGUCACUGCAUGUAAAACCAAGGUGAUUCCUGGUGAUUAUGGAUUUGUUGCGCAGCUAAACGAGGGCCGUCACCUGAAGAAAAGGCCAACUGAAUUCCGAGUGGAUAAAGUCCUCCAACCCUUUGAUGGCAGCAAAUUCAACUUCACUAAAGUUGGGCAGGAAGAGGUACUCUUCCAGUUCGAAGCAAGUGAAGACGGUGAAGCUUACUUCAUCCCUGGUGCCCCAAUUGCUGUUGAGAAUGCACCAAGUUUUGUUGCCAUUAAUGUUAGUCCUAUUGAAUAUGGACACGUGCUCUUGAUUCCUCGAAUAUUUGAGUGCCUGCCUCAGAGGAUUGACUAUGAGAGUUUCUUGCUUGCUCUCAACAUGGCUAUUGAAGCUCAGAGUCCUUACUUCAGGCUUGGGUACAAUAGCUUGGGUGCAUUUGCUACCAUCAACCACCUCCACUUUCAGGCUUAUUACCUAGCUGCCCCAUUUCCCAUUGAGAAGGCUCCAACCAAGAAACUUAUCACCACCACAAAUGGGGUCAAGAUAUUUGAGCUCCUGAAAUAUCCAGUCAGGGGUCUUGUUUUCGAAGGCGGAAAUUCUUUGCAAGAUUUAGCCAAGGAGGUCUCAGACUGCUGCAUUUUCCUUCAGGACACUAACAUCCCUUACAAUGUGCUGAUAGCUGAUUCUGGAAGACGGAUCUUCAUUCUCCCACAGUGCUAUGCUGAGAAACAGGCCCUAGGUGAGGUAAGUUCGGAGCUACUCGACACCCAAGUCAACCCAGCGGUGUGGGAGAUCAGCGGCCAUAUUGUAUUAAAGAGGAGAAAGGACUAUGAUGAGGCAUCUGAGUUGAAUGCUUGGAGGCUCCUUGCUGAGGUGUCACUGUCUGAAGCAAGGUUCAAAGAAGUGAAAGCCAUGAUAUUUGAAGCCAUUGCCACCUGUCCUAUUGUUGAAGACAUGCUUCUUGAGGAGACUACUGCAACUGCUCUCAGAGAAGUGGACUCCAUUAACACAGCUGCUUCUUCUAUGGUGGCCGGAAAUCAUGAAUGUUUGGUUCGUCAGUGACACACUUCUUCAGCUUAUUGCCUUUUAAUUAUAUGCUUCCCUAAAUGAUGCAACCUCAGUUUGCAUUGUCUGUUUUUUUUACGAGCAGUGUAACUGUGUAAGUAGCUAUUAACUCGGAAAAAAAAAGAAAACAAAAGUAGGAAAAUAGAAAAAUUGAAAAAAAGGUACGGAGGACUACCUAUUUUUAGUAAUUGUUGCAUGUUGGAAAGCUGCCUCAGGAGUAAUGUGAUAUUAGUACGUUUUCCCUGAGUUAUUUGGCGCUUGUAAGACGCUGUUAUUUGGAUUCAAUCAAAUAGCUUACAGUAUGUUAAUUAAACGUACUAGAUUAUGUGUA